ACAGAAACCUACGGAGGGAGAGAGAGAGAGAGAGAGAGAGAGAGAGAGAGAAAGAAGCGAAGCGAAAAGGCUCUCGCAGCGAUGAGCCAGCGGAUCAAACCCUAAAAAGAAGGGGGAGCCGGAGGAAAGAAAGAAAGAGAAAAAAAGGGGAGAGAGAGAGAGAGAAAAGGGGGAAGGGAAGAAGAGAGAGGAAAGAAAAGGGGGGAGGAAAAAAAAACCCAGGAGAGGCACUUUUACUUUCCUUCCCACCACCCCCCUUCCCUCCCUCCUUCCCUCCUUCCUUCCUUCCCUCCCCCGCGGCCGCCGGGAAGCGAGUGGAACGUCGGCGAGGGAACAUCAAAGGGGAUCGAACGCUCGGCACAUCCGAUCGAACGCUCGGCACAUCCGAUCGAACGUUCGGCGCGGGCCAAACAUCCGAUCGAACGCUCGGCGCGGCCAAUCCGGGCGCCGGGACGGGGCGCGCGCGGAACCCCGAACCUUCCCGUCCUCUCUCCUCCUUUUAAUCUCUUUCCCCUUCCUUCCUUCCUUCCUUCCUUCCCUCCCUCUUCUUCCCCCCUCUCUCUUUUUUUAAUUCCUUUCCCUGUUUUGGUUAUAUAUAUUUUUGCUACAUUGUAGCCAUUUCCCUUCGCCUCUCUGUAUCUCUCUCUUUUUUUAUAAUUAUUGUUACAUUGUUAUUAAAAGAGGUGGGGAGGGAGGGGGGUGUUUGGAAACGCCGCCUCCGCCAAGCCUUGCCACAGCCGCCGCCGGGAGAACAAUAGGAAGGUUUAGGAGAGGGACCGGGGCGCGCGCACCCCGGCUGCGCCCCGGGGAUCAACGCGAGCCAGCCGUGGAUGUGACGCGGACGCCCCCCGCGCCCCCCAUAUUUCGCCACAAACUGAGCAGGACGGACUACGUUUGAAUCUGGGGGGAAUAUGAACCAGCAGCAGAGAAUGGCCGCAGCCGGGACCGACAAGGAGCUGAGUGACCUCUUAGAUUUCAGUAUGAUGUUCCCGCUGCCAGUAGCCAAUGGGAAAAACAGACCGACGACUCUGGCUAGCACGCAGUUCGGAGGAUCAGCAGGUUUGGACGAGCGGCCGGCCUCUGGGUCCUGGGCAGUAGGAGAUCAGAAUAACUCCACGUUUGACCAAGUCAGGCAGGGCUACGGCGAGGGCUCCCACUACGGCGAGCACAGAGAACUCCCAUCCCAUAAUAGCCUAUCUUCGUCAUCAUUCCUGGGGUCUGGGAUCGUAGGGAAAAGCACAGAAAGAGGCGCCUACCCAUUCGGAAGAGACAUGCCAGCUCUGAACCAGCCCGGCUUCCUGCCCGGCGAGAUGGGGAUUUCGAGCCCCAGCGCAUUGUCGCCGACGGGGGUGAAGGGCAGCUCGCAAUAUUACCCGUAUGCCAACAACCCUCGCCGGAGAGGGGCGGACAGCAGCAUAGACGGACAGCCGAAAAAAGUCCGGAAGGUUCCUCCAGGACUUCCCUCUUCGGUAUAUCCACCCAACUCAGGUGACGACUAUAGCAGGGAACCGGCCAGCUACCCCCCAUCCAAAGCCCCCAGCACUGUCUACCCUGGAGCCUUUUACAUGCCAGAUGGACUUCACAACUCGGCGGACUUGUGGAAUUCCUCAACCUCCAUCAGCCAGUCCAAUUACGGGGCCAUCCUGGGAGCGUCAUCCUCUCCUCUCCCGCAAUCCGGCAACUUCAGCAGUCUUCAUCAGCACGAAAGGAUGAACUACCCGAUGCAUUCAGGAGAAGUGAACGGCGGACUCCCUUCGGUCUCGGGCUUUUCCUCGGCCUCCAACCAGUACGGAGUCUCCAGCCACACGCCCCCCAUCAGCGGGACGGAGAGCGUCAUGGGUAACCGAGGAACCACUGCUGGAAGUUCAGGAGAUGCGCUUGGGAAAGCAUUGGCUUCGAUCUACUCCCCAGAUCACUCUAGCAAUAAUUUCUCUUCGAACCCAUCCACACCGGUGGGGUCCCCUCAGGGAAUAACAGGUUCUUCGCAGUGGCCCCGGGCUGGCGGACAGGGUGCCUUAUCUCCAAGCUACGAAGGGACACUUCAUACUUUGCAAAACAAGAUGGAAGACCACUUGGACGAAGCCAUCCACGUCCUGCGGAACCACGCGGUGGGGCAGAGCAACCACAGGGAUAUCCACGACUUGCUGGCGUCGGCGGCGUCGGCUCACGGCACCACGGUGGGCAGUCUCAGCCAAUCCUUCCCUCCCGCCUCUGUCUUGCCAAUCGCCAAUCGGCACUCGAACCUGGUGGCGGGGGGCCAUUCGGAAGACGGCCUUCCCAGCAACCCCAGUCUCCUUCACAAUCACGGCCCUCUCCCAGCCCAGCCCAGCUCGCUCCCGGACCUCAACAGAGGCCAGUCUUCUGAUGCCUUCAGCGGCUUGACGGGGGGCCUGGGCCGGGCCAGCGUCUCGUCGGGCACCAGCGAGAUCAAGCGCGAGGACAAGGAAGACGACGAGAACACGUCGGUGGCCGACAACUCGGAGGAGGAGAAGAAGGAGCUGAAGGCGUCGCGAAACCGAACAAGGUGCUCGUUGAACAGUCAAGAUGAGGACGAGGAUGACGACCUCCUUCCCCCAGAGCAAAAAGCCGAGCGCGAGAAAGAGAGAAGGGUGGCUAAUAACGCCCGUGAGCGCCUCCGCGUCCGCGACAUCAACGAGGCUUUUAAAGAGCUGGGGCGCAUGUGUCAGCUGCACCUAAACAGCGAAAAGCCGCAGACCAAGCUGCUCAUUCUACACCAGGCCGUCUCGGUUAUCCUGAAUCUGGAACAACAAGUUAGAGAACGUAACCUGAACCCAAAAGCAGCCUGCCUAAAGCGCCGCGAAGAGGAGAAAGUGUCUGGCGUCGUCGGGGACCCUCAAAUGGCGCUCUCGGCAUCUCAUCCGGGUCUAGGAGAUGGGCACAACCCCGUUGGGCACAUGUAAAGGUGAUUUCUUUUCUUCGCCCUGCAAGCAGAUGUCUGUAGGAAGAAGAGAAAGCUGGAUCUCUCACACAUCCCCCUCUCCUCCAUUCUCCGACAACCACCGCCUGUCCGCACCAGAAACUGUAGUCCUGUUUCAAAUACCGACGUGCGGUCCUUUUUUGGGGGAGGGGGGGAAACGGGCAGAGAAAAGUUCAGCGUGCUAGAAGGAACUUUUCUCUUUCUUUCUCUCUCUCUCUCUCUCUCUAAAGGAAAGGAAAAGCAACAAGUUUUAUCAAAACAGAAAAAUCAACAGCAAAGAUUGCCUUAAGCCUAUAUUCUCGAACUUUCAGUGCAUAUCCUUCAGUUACCGAAUUUCGGGGGGGGGUGUUGUUUGCGGGGAUGUGUAACAUUACAAAUGGCUUGUGUUCACAUAAGGCCAGCAAAAAGAAAAAAAGAAAUUGUGCCUACGCAUUUUAUUUUUAUUUUCUUUCUUUCUUUCUUUUUUUAAAAAAGAGAACAUUAGUUACAAUAAUUUUUUUUAAACGUAGAACAAACAUAGUAAUGCCUUUUGUGGAGCUGGGGGGGUUUUGUUGUUUCGUUUUGGGUUGUUUUUUUAGCUUCUUUUGCGUAUAUGUUUUGUAAGCAACGACGGGGAGGGAAAAAGACGUGUAAAAAAAAAAGACGAAGAGAUUUGUUUCCCCCCCCCCAUCGAACCGCUUUUUAUUUCCGCCCCCCUUCCCUCUAUCUCUUUUCUCUGCUGCUGUUUCUAUAGUUAAUGUUGCAUAUUAUUUUUUAAAAAAUUAAGAUCAACCAGAAAUAUUAAAAGUUUGUAUUAAGAGGACUGGAUGUUUGAAAACGAAACACAAAAAUGGAAACUAAAUUCGAGGAAGGAAUUGCGGGGGGGGGGAGAGACACGGACGACGGUGAGAGUGUUGCGAAAAUGUCACAAGCGUGAAUUGAAAUAGACAGGUUCGUUUGGCUAGGAGCUUCCACGGCGAAGGGUAUAUUUGUUGAAUUUUGAAAGGGGAUGGGGGGAAGAGAUGGCAAAGCGAUUUGGAAGAGUUUCCUCCAUCCCGCACGAUUCUCAAAAAGUCUUAUAUUGUGCCCUUGGCUUCCAUCUUAAACCUCACCCCCC